AGAGAGCAGCGGUCGACGGUCACGCGUGUACAGCAUGCGCACAUACAGCUCUGCGUUCCAUCAUUUGGAUGACCUGGACUCUCCCCAUGGAUAGGAUCUGUUCUUGAGAGCAGCAGUUUCACCUAAUAUUACACUUCUUGGAUUUAUGGACUACUGGGACUUUCCGUACCUAAUGUAAUUGAUCUUAACCUAAUUUGUUGUAGGCCUAUAAAAAGUCUAAAUAGAACAGCUUUUGAUCGGUCCUUUGUAUUUUAUGUUGAAGAAAGUGCAUUCUAUUUGAUCAAAGUCAUAAACGAAGCUAUAACACGGACGACAACCGCCUGAACUACAUUAUUUAGAAAUAUCUGAGCAUUAAAAUAAGCUCCUCUAUUAAAGGAUCCGCGCUUGACUCUAGGGAAAUAAACAUGUCCAGCAGAAGUAUUGAGUGGGAGCAUUUCGAGGAGCGCGAGAAGAGUCGCCGGUCCCCGCGAGGCAGCGCCGGUUCUCACUCCGGCUCGCGGGGUAACGGAGUCAUGCCUAGUCCAGCUCACAGCGCGCACUGUAGCUUCUACCGCACGCGCACGCUGCAGUCGCUCACAUCCGAAAAGAAAGCGAAAAAAGUUCGCUUCUACCGGAACGGCGACAGAUACUUCAAGGGUUUGGUGUACGCGGUCUCCAAUGACCGCUUCAGGUCAUUCGAUGCGCUGCUGAUGGAGCUGACCCGCUCCCUGUCGGACAAUGUGAAUUUACCGCAAGGAGUGCGGAGCAUCUACACUAUAGAGGGUGGGAAGAAGAUCACCAGCCUGGAUGAGUUACUGGAAGGAGAGAGCUAUGUGUGUGCUUCCAAUGAACCCUACCGUAAAGUGGACUACACCAAGAAUGUCAAUCCCAACUGGUCUGUCAAUAUGAAAAUGGGAACAUCCCGCUCGCUUCCAUCACUUACCACCUCAAAGAGCGACCUUAGAGAACGAGAAAGCAAAGACUUCAUCAAACCCAAGCUGGUGACAGUCAUCCGGAGUGGCGUAAAACCACGCAAGGCUGUCCGGAUACUCUUGAAUAAAAAGACGGCUCACUGCUUUGACCAGGUGCUCACAGAUAUCACUGAUGCCAUUAAACUGGACUCUGGAGCUGUGAGGAGACUCUACACUCUGGAGGGCAAACAAAUUACAUGUUUGCAGGAUUUUUUCGGGGACGAUGAUGUGUUCAUUGCAUGUGGUCCUGAGAAGUUCCGUUAUGCACAGGACGAUUUUGUGUUGGAUCACAGUGGUAAGGCUUCCACAGCCUUUCUAACCGGAGGAGGGCGUGGCCGGGCCGGGAGGACGUACGCCCGGCGCUGAAUUGUCCUAAUCAGCCGGGAGGGUGAUAAAGACGAGCCAGAGGCGCCAGUUCGAGAGAGAGAGAGACACGCCACCGCUGUGUGUGCGCGUAUCUGUGUGUUUUAUGUUUCAGAUUCUUUAUACCAUUAAAAGUUUAUGUUGACUGCUCAGCCGGUUCCCGUCUCCUCCUUUCCCUUAAGCACAGACCGUAUCCGUUACACUGGUGCCGAAACCCGGGAAGGAGGAAGGGUGCACUGUCAAGGAGUCCUUGCCGCUGACUGAGGAUCGCGACGCCAAGGGAGUGCUUGAUCUGGUGGCACUGGAGCUCUCCGUCAACUGGCAACUGAAAGGGAUGGCUGAGGGGUCCAGUGCCAUCACCCGGCGUCGUGGACGGAAGCAGUACAGAGAGCUUAGGGCCAGUCGACAGCGUGUCCAGGGCCGGCAAGCCCGUCUCUCUCUUCUCUCUCUCUGCUUCCUCCUCUCUCUCUAUUCUCCCCCCCUCCUCUCCCUCGUCCCGUUCCCACUCCCAGGCACGUGUGGGAAAUCCUGACGCACCAACUUUCCCUCCCUAGAAAUGGUGGGGGGGGGGGGUGGGGAGUAGGUCACAGGCCGGGAAUUCCCCGACCUGUUUUUGGCGAUGGGGGUAUGUGUCGAGCAGGGCAGGGCCAAGCGGCGUCUGGGAAGAGUGAGGCCAUGAAGAUAAGUGGUGAAUGAGUUCCACCUGUGUGCCACACCAGUCUUGCUUUCCAGUGAGGGGCGGCGGGAGUAUUUAAGGAGAGGAGACAGCGGCAGAAGAGAGAGAUGCACGAAGCUUGUCUGUGUGUGUGUGUCUUUGUUCAUACAUAGCUGGCUGAAAAGCAGUGCAUUUUUUUGUUUUGUUAUACACUGAAAAGUGUUUAUUAAAUGUCUACGUGUUUGUCAAGCCAGUCCCAGCUUCCUCCUUUCCCAUCCUUGAAUUGUUACACCCUCCACUACACAACAAGGAAGACAACAUGCACUAUAAUCCAGCAUACAGACUGUUUUAAAUGUAGUCAUUUUUUAACAAAUUUAAUCUGUCACAUAGUUUGCAUGGUUUACGUGAGAGUAUUAUCUCAUGUAUAGCCUAUUAUUUAAUGGUAACACUUUACAUUAGCAUUCCCUUUGUAAAGGGUUUAUAAAGGGGUUCAUUAAUUAUUAAUAACUCAUCUACAAAGGCAUUAAAAUAAUUAUGUGCAGUAAUAACAACAUGAAUAAAAAGGGUGACUUUCAUGCAAAACUUGCCAAAUAGUGAGACCAUUUUAAUUCACAUGUUAUAAGUGGUUAAUAAAGGUACUUGCUCAUACUUAUUUUCAUCAAAAUCAUGAAAUGUCAUAAUUCAUCAUUUAUGUAAUGAUCCAGCUAAAAAGACUAGUAUAGAGAUUAAAAGGUGUCAAUAUUCAUUAUUGUAAUGUCUAUGACUAUGACACUUUCCUGGUAAUGUUAAUGUAAAAAGAAUGGUGCUACAUCGAGCAGAGUCUUACACAGUCCUCUGCAGGUCUUCAUGCUCACACACAGCAUUGUUUGACAAUUCUAAUUUCUUUAUUUUUUAUAAAAAGAUUAUUCAUGAAUCUUUCAUUUUAUUGGCUAUUUAUGAACUAACUUCAUAAAGCUUUAAGAUGAACAUAGUAAACUUGUAACCUCAGAAAGUGUCCCUUAAUGAAAAAUGGAUACCUAUGUUGUUUAUUCAUGAGUUAACCAUGAACCAUUUACCAACAUUAUUAACGUAUGAAAAUGUACUUUAUAUAUAAAUAAGGUACCAACAUUAGCUAGCUGAAAGUGUACCUUAAUGUAAAGUGAACACCUGUGAACCAAUUAUUAAUGAGUUACAAACGUUAGCAAAUGAAAAUGUGUACUUUAAUGUAAAGUGAAAAACUGUGAACCAUUUAUUGACUUUCCAGCAUUAGUAGCUUCUGAGAGUAAAACGUAUUGUAAAGUGCCCUUUAAAGAAACCUUCAUCAAACUAGUUUCCAACUCAUGCACAUUUAUUAAUGAGUGACUUUUAAUGCUUCAAGAUUACACAAUUUAUUAUACAUAUUAUUUCAUUAAUAAAUGAGCACAUAUCAUGUAAUAUGGUCUGAUGAACAUUAAGCCAUUCUGAACUUUACAUAAAGCAAAUAAACAUUAUAAAACACAUUCAUUAACAUUAACACUCAACAUAGAAAUAUAGACAAACUAUCAUUAGAAAAAAAUAAAUGCAUGCAUAUGUAUAUAUGCUAAGGCUUUAUUAUUACAUUAGCCUUGCUUAUAUGUACUAUAAAUAGUAGACUAUUAUAAGCGCAAAAACAAAACAAAAAAUUAUAAAAUUGUUUAAAUUAAAUGUAUAAAUACAUUUCAGAACACAUCUCAAUCAGGUCAUUGUUUAUCUAAAACAUAAUUAACAAAUAACGUUUGGCAACUUUUACUGAAUGCAUUAAGAGUAAUUAAAUAAAUAUACAUCCCACGUUGUUUCUAAGUUCCUGCACUCCUCCAAAAGAGUGACAAGUUGCCCUUUCUAUACUGUAUCAUUACUCUUUCCAGUACUGCAGUUAAGUGUGCACACAUUGCAUUUUCAGUCUGUUUCACAUUCUGAGCACUUCCAUAUUAAAAUAAACAUUCUGCAAAGUAUUACUGUAUAUUUCACUUAGUUCGUUCAUGCAUACCGAGUGUUUUUUCUUGCUUCUCACUGGCAGCUCCUAAGUCCCACAUUUCUAUCCACAAUAUUCUUAGCGAGUCCACUGUAUUUCGCAAGGUGGCGUAAUUUCCGGUUGGCUAGCAGAAGUGCGUUUUGUGUGUAGCCGGUCACUGCUUGCUUGAGUGACAUGCGGUUAGAUUCUUGCUUUUUAAAUAUUGUAAGAUGUCUUGAAAAUGCCCCGGACAAUGUGUGCAGUUAAUGGUUAUCCUAAUAAUCAAGCGAAACUAAAGUUUUGUCUAAAACAGCAAUGUUAUGAUCAGAAACCACUCGCAAAGCACAGCGCUCCAGUCCCAGAUGCUGCUUCUUCCAUCCGCUGCCUACAGAAAGAUUGACUUAGGAACAUCUGUUUGAAAAAGCUUGGAAUAAUUUGUUUGUGUGCACUUUUCAAUUUAUUGGCAAUAAGUCAACAGCGGGGAUUACUUAUAUUAUCCACCGUUACGGUCCGGCUGCGAUAGAGGUCUAGAAAUGGAGCAAAAUGAAUUACAAAUAAACGAUAGCAUUAUUGUGCUAACAGGUGUGUGUACAUGUGCUGAAAGUUCAUUAGAAAUGUUGAGAGUUUGUUCAUUUCUAUUCAGCAUCUUUUUUUAUUUAAUUUUUUUAUUAUUUAUUUAUUUAUUUUUUUUGUGAAUGCUCCACAUCUUUUGAAAUGACAUUAUUACUGAGAUUAUUACUAAAAAGGAACGGUGUUUUUCCUGAACUGUCUGUAUCUGUUUUCAUGCUGUGAUGCUGCAAGGAUAAAUUCUACAGUGGAAGACCAUAAUUAUUAGAUGAGACGUGUACAGUAGUGAGAUGUUUUAUCACAUUUGAAAUUAAUUGUAUUCAAAUGUUCUUCUUUACUGCAUUUUUUCCUGCCUGCAAUUCACUUUCUUUUGAGUGUCUUUGCAGAAUGUGCUUGUCUUCUCUUAAGGGGAAAAAGUGAUUUGGAAAACAGUGUGGACAUUAAUUCAGUAUCAAUUAAAUGUAUUUGUACAGUGCUUUUAAUAAUACACACUGUUUUAUUGCUGUUUUACAGAGAACAUUGAACUUUUGUG